UCGGCGAUACGAUUAUAUAUUCGAACUUUGUGCGAGAUCAGCUGUUUACAACGAGAAGCAACAAGAUAGAAUGAGAGACGAAGAAGAUAGAGGAACGAUAUAAACCGAAAGAGGAGGGGUUUGGUACGACCCUCGGAGGUCGGAAAGUUGACUCUCCACUGUUGUUUAUCGCUUCUACUACCUAAGUUGAGACUCUACAUACUACAAGUAUUUUUCUUAACGUAUUAUUCCGUGGAUCAUUCUUCGUAACAAGAAAGAAUUGGAACGGGAGGAAGAGAGUAUGGAUACGAGAAAACUUAGAAGAGAUUCCGAUGUAGUGCUCUCAAAUGUUGGACGUAGAGAGCUUCUCUUUAAAUUUCUUGUUAUCGGUGAUUAUGGCGUCGGCAAAACGGCUCUCGUACGACGAUACACAGAAGGAAAGUUUUCUUCGAAUUACAAGAUAACGAUAGGAGCUGAUUUUGCGAUAAAAACGCUCAAUUGGGAUUCAAAUACUAAAAUAAAUUUGCAAUUAUGGGAUAUCGCCGGACACGAGAGAUUUGGAUACAUGACCAGGGUUUACUACAAAUACGCCGUCGCCGCGGCAUUGGUUUUUGAUAUCUCACGAGCGGCGACUUUUCAGUCGAUGAAGAAAUGGCUAAGCGAUCUAAGAGAAAAAGUCACGCUUCCGGACGGAUCUAGCAUACCCGUUGUUCUUCUGGCGAACAAAUGUGACAUUCGACAUGUCGCCGUAUCAACCGAACAGAUCGUUAAAUUUUGCAAGGAGAACAAUAUCGGCGAGUGGUACAUUACUUCGGCGAAAGAGAAUACGAACGUUGACGAAGCGAUACGCCACUUGGUGGAAAAUGUGCUGAGAGCUAAAAUCGAAGGUGGUAUACGGGAAUCCAUAAGGCUCCACGAUGGUCCCAUAGAGCGUGGCAAGACAGGCUGUUGCAAGUUUUAAUCAAUGUGUUCCUAAAUUGAUUCUCCCUUCCUUUCAUAAUUGAGUUUGGUUUAUCAUCUAGUUUAAUUAUCUAUAACAUUUCUAAACAUAUACUAAUAUAAUAAAAUCUAUCUAAAUCGCUACAGUACAUGAAUA